GUGUGUGUAUGUUGUCCCCCACCUGUCCGCGAGGGGGCCGGUCUCCCGGUACCAUUACGUCCGCUCGGUCGAGAGGCUAAUCCCUCAGAUGACGUCAGGAAUGGCGGACCAGGACAGCAGCGACGCGCCGCCGGAGCCGCAAGUCUCUGACUCUCAGACCAAAGCAGAGGAGAGGAGAUGGUCUGGUCAGACCCAGUCCACCACCCCAACCCAGUCUAGUCAGACCCAGUCCACCACCCCAACCCUAACACUAUCACCUGCUCCCAGCAACAAUGCUGCUAACAAACCAGAGCCAUUGGUCCUCAACAUCGACGAGCGACAGAGACUGGCUCGGGAGCGUCGAGAGGAGAGGGAGAAACAGACCGCUGCGAGGGAGUCUGCGUGGCAGGAGAGAGAGGAGAGGGCCAGACAGCACUAUGAGAAGCAUCUGGAGGAGAGGAGGAGGAAGCUGGAGGAACAGAGGAUGAAGGAGGACAAGAGACGAUCCGCUGUGGAGGAGAAGAGAAGACAGAACCUAGAGGAGGAGAAGGCCCGUCAUGAGGCAGUGAUGCGUCGGACGGUGGAGAGAAGUCAGAGAGCCAGACAUAAACCCAACCGCUGGUCCUGGGGCGGGGCCCUGCCUGGGAACACACCCACUAUACCCGGGGGUUUUGUCGAGUCGUCUUUCCUCUAUCCCCUCGACCUAGCAGGGCUGGAACACCACCUCCAAGGUGCAUUCAGUGUCUACCGCAGAUACGGCCUGAGCCACCAAUAUGCUGACAGACGGUCUGUGUCGACCAUGAACCUUUCCAAACAUGCAGCUGAUCCAGUGAUAACCAAGAGACUGUCCUACUCCUCUGCCACACUCCUACACUCUCCUGACAGAGUGUUACAGAAAAGGACCUCCUCUUCGCCCUUACUUAGCAAAUCACAGUCCAAACUCCGCCUACCAGGGGGAAAGACCGCCCACUACAAACCCCAAGGUAUACGUCGUAUGCCGUUGACUCCGUGGGAGAACACCGUGGUCAGUCGUCUGCUACAACCCACACACUCCUACCUGGCACGCAGCCGCAGCGCCAUGAGCCUGUCUGGAGACACAGUAGCCAUGCCUGUGUGUCCUCGCUCAGUGUCCUGCCACCCUAUGGGCUCUAUGUCCUUCAAGUCCAUCCAAUCCCAGCCUCUGACCGUCUGCCGCAGCCAAGAGCCACGCCGCCUCCGGGACAACACCAACCGCAGGAGGACCACCGGCAACGCACAGGAUAAGCAUAAGGACUUUGUCAGGAAGUCUUGGAGCAACCUCUCCCUGCCUCUGACCACACCCCCUCUGACCACGCCCACUGCCAAGAGGUCCCGGUCACCAGGGAAACAGAGUAGAGUGACAGCGCCCUCACCUGGCAGAGUACGUGGGCAGUCCCCCAGCCCAUAAGCCUACAGCAGGCACCACAGACCCAGAGGAGGCCACACGGAUCCUGGCAGAGAAACGUAGACAAGCCCGGGAACAGAGGGAGAGGGAGGAGGAGAGGAGAGGCAAACAGGAGGAAGCAGAGAGGUGUGGUCAGGAGGAGAUGGCUCAGCGUAAGGCUGAGGAGAGACAGAGGAGAGAGGAGGAGGAGGAGAGAGCCCAGCAGGAGAGAGACGAGGAGAGAGCCCAGCAGGAGA